AUGCCCAGAUCUUGUGAAAAUCAGAAUAAGAACUGGAUGCUUCAUGUAUGCUGUGUGAGGUGUGCUAGUUUGCUAUCGCCAUGGGCCAACAGGACUGGUGGAGGACCAGCAUUUGGGGUGCCAAUGAUGAAGAUACUGAUGAUAAAAGUUACGAGUUGUCAGAAGAUACAAACGCUGGGUAAAAAGUUUUUUGAAACUAUUGAUCAAUAUGAAUUGGCAACAUGGGAUGCAUUUAUACAGAUGUGCCAGGGAUUUCUUGGAAAAUAUAAAACAUCGAAUUAUGCUGAUCUAGUAGACGGAUUAAUUGCAUCUUAUCAACAAUUAGGUUAUAAUAUGUCUUUGAAGGUUCACUUUCUGCAUUCCCAUCUUUCCUUUUUCUCUACUAAUGGAGGUGUAUCUGACGAAAAUGGUGAGCGUUUUCAUCAGACCAUUGCUACAAUGGAACACAGAUACAAAGAAAAGUGGAGUCCUGCCAUGCAUGCAGAUUUCUGCGGGAAUUUAAAGCGCGAUGAACGUGAUGCUGCAUACAAACGCCAGACUAAAUAUAAAAUUAAAUACAAGUGA